AUGGACGUCGCCGACAUCGCCUCCCGGUCCGGCCAGCAGGAGCAGGGGCACCGAACGGUGUCGUCGGAGCCGCCGAAGCGCCCUGCGGGGCGGACCAAGUUCCACGAGACGCGCCACCCGCUGUACCGCGGCGUGCGGCGCCGUGGCCGCGUCGGGCAGUGGGUGUGCGAGGUGCGCGUGCCCGGGAUCAAGGGCUCCAGGCUCUGGCUCGGCACCUUCAACACGGCCGAGAUGGCGGCGCGCGCGCACGACGCCGCGGUGCUCGCGCUCUCCGGCCGCGCCGCCUGCCUCAACUUCGCCGACUCCGCCUGGCGGAUGCUGCCCGUGCUCGCGGCCGGCUCGUUCGGCUUUGACAGCGCGCGGGAGAUCAAGGCCGCCGUCGCCGUGGCCGUCGUCGCGUUCCAGCGGAAGCAGAUCAUUCCAGUCGCCGUCGCCGUCGUUGCGCUCCAGCAACAGCAGGUUCCGGUCGCAGUGGCCGUGGUGGCGCUCCAGCAGAAGCAGGUCCCGCUCGCCGUCGCCGUCGUGGCGCUCCAGCAGCUGCAGGUUCCGGUCGCCGUCGCCGUCGUGGCGCUCCAGCAGCAGCAGCAGAUCAUUCUUCCAGUCGCGUGCCUGGCGCCGGAGUUUUACAUGUCUUCCGGCGACCUGUUGGAGCUGGACGAGGAGCAGUGGUUUGGCGGCAUGGAGGCCGGGUCGUACUACGCGAGCUUGGCGCAGGGGAUGCUCGUGGCGCCGCCGGACGAAAGAGCGGGGCCGGAGCACGGCGAGCAGAGCGGCGUCCAGACGCCACUAUGGAGCUGCUUGUUCGACUAA